UCACGCUAACAUGCGAGAUCCGUAGAACCGACUCACUGCGCGGUCACAUCCCGCCCCGACUUCCCCCUGCCAGCGGCCUGGUGCUUUGAGAUGAGGAGAAGAUGUCGGUGUCGGGGCUGAAGGCCGAAUUGAAGUUUUUGGAGUCCAUUUUUGACCCAAACCACGAACGAUUUAGAAUAAUAGACUGGAAACCCGACGAACUGAGUUGCCAAUUUAACGUAACAGGAGAGAAGCUGCUGAUCAUUCACUGCAACAUCACGGAAUCGUAUCCCUCAACGCCCCCGAUAUGGUUUGUUGACUCUGAUGAUCCUUGUCUGGCUGAAGUGUUGGAGCGCUUGGAGGAUGUGAGAAAAGGCAGCACAUUGCUUCUUCAGCAGUUGAAGCGUCUCAUUUGUGACCUCUGUCGGCUUUACAACCUGCCACAACAUCCUGAUGUAGAAAUGCUCGACCAGCCUCUACCUGCCGGCCCAAUCACCCAAGAGAGAAAGCAUGGCCCUUCAGAUGAGGUGACGUCAGAGGAGGAGGAGGAGGAAGACAUGGGAGAGCAGGACAUUGACCUGGACCAAGACCUGGACCAUUACGAAAUGAAAGAAGAGGAGCCAGUAGAUGGUAAAAAGUCGGAGGAUGAUGGGAUAGAAAAGGAAAAUCUGGCCGUCUUGGAGAAGAUUCGUAAAAACCAGAGACAGGAUCACUUGAAUGGUGCAGUGUCAGGCUCUGUCCAAGCCUCAGACCGCCUAAUGAAGGAACUCAGGGAGAUCUACAGGUCACAGAGUUACAAGACAGGUAUUUAUUCGGUCGAACUAGUCAGUGACAGCCUUUAUGAUUGGCAUGUCAAGUUAAGGACGGUAGACCCAGAUAGUCCAUUACAUAGUGACUUGCAGGUCUUAAAAGAAAAGGAAGGAGUGGACUAUAUUCUGCUCAAUUUCUCUUAUAAAGAUAAUUUUCCUUUUGACCCACCUUUUGUACGGGUUGUCUCACCUGUGCUGUCCGGAGGGUAUGUUCUAGGAGGAGGGGCCUUGUGCAUGGAGCUUCUCACAAAACAGGGCUGGAGCAGUGCCUAUUCCAUAGAGUCUGUCAUUAUGCAGAUAAAUGCAACUCUGGUUAAAGGAAAAGCCAGGGUGCAGUUUGGAGCCAAUAAGAACCAGUACAAUCUUGCCAGAGCACAACAGUCGUACAAAUCACUUGUGCAGAUUCAUGAAAAGAAUGGCUGGUACACACCACCUAAAGAGGACGGAUAAACAGAGCUACUACCACUAUGCACUGAGAACACGUCUUUGGGUCAAAGUAUUUUGUUUUCUUUGGAAUAUCCCCCUCUCCCCCCACCCCUCUGACUUCUCUGGGGAUUCGUCAUCUUUCAUGCUGAAACCAUCUCGUCGGCUCAUUGGACAGGUACUGCUCCAGGAAAGACCUCGUUCUGGUAUCACUCGGCUUCUCCUCUCAGUGUUGUAGUGAGGAGGAUGAUGUGAGGGAAUCACUCGUCCUGUUUUCUAAACAUGCUCAUUUGUCUUUUGAAAAAAGAACUUUUCUCCCUUGAAAUGUGGGGAAAGGCUUUUUCUUUUAGCUGCUUUGACAAAGUGGGCUCCACGAACAGUUUUCUCCUCUCUGAAUGGAAAGUUUUAAAAAGAAGAUUGAUAUGGAAACUCUUCAGCCGGCACCUGGCUGCACCUGUUUUUAUUAACCACAAUCUCCUGUUUAUUUAAUUUUCCCUGUUUUGAUUUUUCUUUUGGAAAUGAACUGGUACUUAAAUGCAAGAAUUGUUUUAGAAGUUUUAUUUGACCUUUGUUUUUAUUAUUUCAGGCUCUUAGACAAUAAUUGAGCCACAUCAUUAAAAAGUAUCUUAAAAAUUGAAAUCCCUACUUCCAUGCUGUAUAUUUUAGCCCUCACUGUUUAAGAAGUGUGACAAAUAUCAGGCCAAGCAGAAUCAAUGAUGCGGUUGCAGGAACUAAGAUUUCCUGUUGACACUGAAGGAAUCCACCAGAGGCUCCUGAUUUUUUUUAAAAAUGGCAAAAGGACCUGAAAUAAGAAGAGACAUGAAUAUCGUUUUCAAGAGGAUAUAAAGAUGAGUGUAACAGCAAUCAUUUUAGACCUAAUGCUGAAUCUCUUUUUGCCUUAUUUUUGUUAACACAUCAGUUUGGCUCUCGGUCUCUGAUCAGUUUAGCUGCAGAGCUUGAUGGCAGGUUUGGCGUUAGAAGCUGUUAUUAAAGAACAUCAUCGGCUUCGAUGAAAGCGACUUUGUUAAGCAGAACUGUGCUGGGAUGAAGGGUGUUCAGAAGUGAUUUAUUUUCUUUAUCAUUCCUCACAGGUUUGCAGCUAAAUAUGUGCAUCAAAUCUUCUUGACAUGUAUUGAUUGUAGUGGUUUUUCCUGUACCCAGUUUGGAAAUUGAGACUGUUACCUUGUCACAACCUCUCUCUUGUUUUUUCACCUUUAGUUCUCUCAGUCAGCGACCAAAAUGUCCAUCUCUCACAGAGCUUCCUUCACCACAACACCACACCACAGAUGUGUUUCGGUAUGUUACAAAAUAGAUGAUUUCUUGUGUGUUAAGAACCGACCUGAAACACUUCAAUCUUAACUUUAAACAUGCAAUACACUGUAGUACUACUUCAGUACUGCUGGUCCCAAUACUACAGGACACACACUGUAUCAAUCCAGUGGCUCUUUUGCAGCUUAUCUGUUAACACUGUCAGCAAAAGUAUGUUUGGAAUGGCAACUCAGGUAACAAACAAUACUACGAAGGGGAAUCUGGACAUGCACACUUUCAGUUUGGGGUUAAUCGACUCUCUGUACCACUGAUGUUUCGAUGAAUUCACCCACUGAUCUGAUUUCAAAGAAAACAAAAGGGCAAAUGGGCCACAUGUUUAAUCUAAUUCAAGCAGUGCAAGAAGAAGGGCACUUACAAAAAGAUGCUAUUUUAACAGGAUUGUAGCAGCAUGAUGACCACCCCAGUUAAAGACUCAUGAGUACUAACUGCUGUUACUUACAGGCUGCUGGUGAGGAGGUUCUCCGCGUGUGAUCUUUUAAGUAUUUCUCAUAAAUAACAUUUGCACAACUGGCAAUAAUGUGCCUGGAGAGGUCAAAUCUAACAAAACAUACACAUUCUUAGCGCUUCAUUUUUUUCCCCCCUCCGCACACUUCUCCACUUCCUGUUGUUACAUGUGUGAUAUAUUUAAUGAAGGAGGAGUUUUCAGGUGGUCGUCACCUCUACAUGGGCUGUGUUGUCCAGCGGUACAGGAGAGAUGGACCACAAACCUUUUUUUUGUUUUCCUCCUAACAAUCCACCCCUCCCUUCCCUCCGUGGUGAUCCCCUCCCCUAAAAAAAAAUGCCAAAACUGCUCAGAGGGGACGUUAAGAGACGAUUGAACUCGGAGGUCAUGCCUUGGUGAACAGACUUGCACGCUUCUCUUACUGGACUGUGUUUCAAAUAUUCAUUUAUCUCAGCUGUUGAUUCAUUUUCUGGCACCAACAAACGGACGAUCAGGCCUGCUUGGGUUGGCUCGUGUUGGUUUUAUUUUAUUUUUCAUUUUCCAUUUGAAGACAUUUUGACCAUGUACAGUAAUUUGUAAACUUGCAUCAAGUUUAUGAAUAAAGAAUUUUAAGAUUA